GACAUAAUGUUUUAAGCAUUGGAGAGUCGGAACUCAAGAGUCAGAACUACGUUGAAAACUGGACUAGUUUCAUUUAUUAUUACGUGCAGUACAGACAUGUCAAGAAAAUACUGCAACUUGAUAAUAUUAUUGUUAACUAUUUUUUUGUUAACAACAGAUACUAUUACUUUACAGCAUCCAAUAGUGGUCGCCGAAUACGAUAUUAAUGAACGUCAAAAUUAUAACGAACAAGAACAAAAUUACAAUCAACAAGAACAAAGUUAUAAUCAACAAGAUUAUAAUUUCAAUGAAUAUCAAAAUUUUCAACCAAUAGUAAAAUUUGAUAGACCAAUUGUUGUGAAAGCUAUUGAAAAACCAAAAGAUCAGCAAGAUUUUAGUAAAAUUCCUGGUAUUCCUGGUGUAGACUAUCCUUUGUAUCAUAGUGUACCUUCAACGAGUUUUUCAUGCGCACACGUUCCUUUCGUACCUGGAAUGUACGCGAAUGUGGAAACCGGUUGUCAGGCAUAUCAUAUUUGUCACGAUGGACGCGAAGGUCAUCAAGGUGCAUCUUUUCUCUGCACAAAUGGAACUCUUUUCAAUCAACAAGAAUUUGCUUGUGAUUGGUGGUAUAAUGUGAACUGCGCUGAUGCACCGACUUUAUAUAGAGCGUUUUCAUCACUAAUAUAGGAUGUCUCAAAAUUAACGCAAGAUUUAAAUUUGCCGCCAUUUUUGCAUUAAAUUGUUGACAACCCUGAAUAAAGAACAGUUUGACAGCUGAGAAUUUAGGGUUAAUAAAAAUGGAGUGUUAUACGAUACAACAACGUGUUUGCAUUAUUAAACAAUAUUUUAAAAAUAAUGAAAGUUUGACGGCCGCAAAAUAAUCCUAAGCGAUGAAGCACAUUUUCACCUCGAUGGCUUUGUUAAUCGCCAAAAUUGCCGUAUUUGGGGUUCGGAGAACCCAUGUAUGAUUAGCGAAAAACAAAUAGAUCCACAACGUGUCAUUGUUUGGUGCGCAUUUUGGGCAGGAGGCAUCAUCGGACUAUAUUUUUUUGAGAAUGAGGCUGGUCAAACAGCAACUGUUAAUGAUGCUCGAUAUCGCGACAUGAUAAUACAGUUCUUUCUGCCGAAAUUGGACGAUACUGAUAUGGCCAAUAUGUGGUUUCAACAAGGUGGCACAUGCCAUAUAGCCAAUGAAACAAUUCAAUUACUGCAUGAGACAUUUCCUGGUCAUGUACUCUCUCGUUUCAGUGAUCAGAAUUAAUCUUUAAAUCAUAUGAUUUAACACCAUUAGAUUUCUUCUUAUAGGAUUAUUUGAAGUCAAAGGUCUAUGUCAACAAUCCCACAACCACACGUGCAUUACAAGAGGAAAUUAAACGCUGCGUCAACGAAAUUCAGCCACAAUUAUGUAGAAAGGUCAUGAAAAAUUUCAACGAAAGGAUAUGUAUGUGCCAGCAAAACCGUGGAGACCAUUUGUCCGAUGUGUUAUUCCAUAAAUAACCCUAUCCUAUGUACUUUAUGAUUCACUUAAAAAAUAAAUAUUUAAAGACUAAAAA